GCAAUUCCUUCCAUUUACUCCUCUCUGCCCCCUCUUCUCAUUUCUGGUGGACGCGAAACCGCUAGACGCAGAGGGAGGCACAGCACGAGGAGCUCGUUGGUGGUAUCGAGCGGGGCGAGGGCCACGAGCGCGCGCGAGGGAGAGAUCGGAGCUGCUCCGGCGUCGCAGUGGUGGGGAACGCGGCGAGCGCUACCGGGAUGGGCUUGGGCGCCGAGGAGGAGGAGGAGACAGCCGUGGUGGCCGAGGGAGGAGGAGGCGGCGGGCAGGAGGAGCAGGCGGGUGAGGGCGGGGGCGCUGAGGACCGGGAGGGGGAGGGCAAAGGGGAUGAGAAGGCCGCGGCGGUGGUGUCGUGCUCGAUCUGCCUCGACGCGGUGGUCGCCGGCGGCGAGAACAGGUCCACCGCGAGGCUGCAGUGCGGCCACGAGUUCCACCUCGAUUGCAUUGGUUCAGCAUUUAAUGCCAAAGGCAUUAUGCAAUGCCCUAAUUGUCGCAAAAUUGAGAUCGGGAAUUGGCUUUAUGCAAAUGGUUUCCGUUCAUCACAGGAUGUAAACAAUGAUGAUUGGGGUUAUGAUGAAGACCUCUAUGAUGUUGGUCACUCUGAGGUGGCAACCUUUGUGCCACUUCGCGUCCAGUGGUGUCCUAUUGGUCGCGUAGCACAGGUUCCAUCCUUAUUUGACGAAGUAGAGCCCUCACCCCCAGCUGCUUUUCAUGAUUUCAUGGGGCAAAACUUCAACACUGAGCCUGUUUCUGUAUCAACAACUCAUCCAGGUCCAUAUCUCGCUUACUUUCACCCUCUCCCACCACUGGCAUCAUCAUCAAGCUCCCAUGUCGUGGAGAGAACAAUGGAUGGUGCCGGAUAUCAUGAUCACUGGAACCCCUUGGCUGGGCCAACAGAUGGCCGAACAUUGCAGACAGUACAUCCUAUUGAUUUCCAUCAUAACCCGUGGGCACACAUGCCCCACUCCUAUUCUCAAUCCAACAACAGUAACAGUUUAGCUGAGCAGCCAGGAGUCCCUGUGGGAGCAAUGAGGGUUGGGGGUGUUGAUAGUGAUAGCCAACAGCGAGGGUCUCUCCCCUCAUUUUAUGGAAAUGGAUCUGGUUCAAGACCUAGAAUUCCUAGUGUUCCUCCUAUGGCGCCACAAUUCAUAAGAGCACAUGGCAACAUCAACGAACAAUUCCAGCAGAGUUCUAGCUUAUUCGCUGGGUCACAGCGAUCAGGAGGCAUGCUGCCAUUGGGAGCUCCGGUGCCAGCUCCGGAGAACACCCCCUUUUGCCUGUUCCCACCAGCUUCAUCAGGCCCUAGUUCAAUGGAGACUGAGGACGUCAGAGGAAGCCAGUUCUACGCCUGGGAGAGGGACCGCUUCGCUCCGUACCCGCUGAUGCCCGUGAAUAAUGAAGGCACCUGGUGGAGCUCUUCGCAACAACAGCAGCAGCCUCACGGCACACCAGAGCCUCCAUCCGCCUCAAGAAGGCUGUCCGGGCAGUGGAUUGCCGCCGGUAGGUCACCACCACCAGAGAACAGAUCGCCGGACAACGCGUCAUUCCGGCAAAUGCACAUCCCUCGGAUGUAGCCCAGCGCUGGUAAGACCUAAGUUAGUACAAACUCGGAAACCCUGUUGGUUGUAGGAAGAUAUGGGAAUUAAAUCUUGUUGGUUGUAAGAAAGCCGGGUCGGAUGGUAAUUAAACCUUGAGGCGAUAUAUGCAGGAUGCUGAAGAAAUUGGCCCAAGGAGACUUUUGGGUUUAUUUGACUGGAUUCAAUCAAGUACAUACAAAUUUCCGGUC